CUCGAGUGAAAGCGGACAAGGGUGAUCGAGCCGCGUUACGUCCCACGUUACGAAAACUCGUGACACCGUUCACAAAAUUCAAAUUAUAAACAAUGGUGAUAUAAUACAUUAAAGUUGGGUAAAUACGAUGUGUUGUAAAUUCUAAUUAUUAGCCGUUACAACUUUAAAAUUGUUUUUUGAAUGAGUUUUCAGUGGUUUUUCAUGUGUGACUGUUGUAAAGUGUUCGUAUGUACUUGAAAUUAGUUUGCUCGAGUUUUGAGUUUUGAAGGAGUCUGAUCGAGACGAAAUGCACUCGCAAUCUUGUUGAAGAUAAAGUGGAGAAACUUCGGUAAUUAUUUCGAAAACGCAAGUGGUAGUGCGUAACGACAACUCGGUGUUUCUUCAAUACGCCCGGACAAGACUGCAGUACCGAUGAGGCUUGCGAAUCAUGAGUGCUUGGUGCUGCAUCGCGAUCAUGAUGUCUGCUAUCAGCACCAGUGUUUUGUCGCCGGCACCGCAAAAGACUGAGGCUAAGGAGGCAUACGAUCGCCACUACUGGUACACUCAGGCGCAGGAAACGUUGCAGAAACGACUUCAGUACGCAGCUGAUAAGAAACCUGUCGCAAAGAACGUGAUACUAGUAGUGGGGGACGGUAUGAGCCUCACCACGGCCACUGCAGCCAGAAUCCUCCGAGGUCAGAGACGAGGCCAGUCGGGAGAAGACACCGACUUAGCCUGGGACACCUUCCCAGCAGUCGCUUUGGCUAAGACUUAUAACAUAGAUGCCCAAACUGGGGAGUCUUCAGCGUGUGCCACCGCACUUCUUUGCGGUGUGAAGGCGAGGUACGAAACUUUGGGCCUUGACGCUGGUGGCAGGUUCAACAGCUGUGCUUCGACUAUCAACUCUAAAGUCUCCUCGCUGGUCGACUGGGCACAUGAAGCCGGUAAAUCCAGCGGCAUAGUAACAACAGCGCGGAUAACCCACGCGACGCCUGCAGCGUUGUACGCGCACGCGCCGUCAAGAUACUGGGAAGAUGACAGCCGGGUCCCCCCCACUGUGAGAAAAGAUUGCAAGGAUAUCGCCAUGCAGCUCGUAGAGAAUGAACCGGGAAGAAGUAUAAAUGUAAUUAUGGGUGGGGGAAGAAGACAUUUUCUGCCUACUGUAACCCCAGAUCCUGAACAUCCGAACCGUGAAGGGAGAAGAUUAGAUGGAAGAAAUUUAGCUGAGGAUUGGGCGAGAGAAAAGAAAAGGCGGCGAUUGCGAGCUCAAUACAUACACUCAAGAGAACAACUCGCAAAAUUGGAUCCACGAACAGUGGAUUAUUUGUUAGGUCUGUUCGAAUACUCGCACAUGGAGUUUAACGCGGAGCGCGGGGCGGUAGCGGACGCGGAAGAGGGGGCGAGUGCGACUUCUGCUGUGAAAGCGGACGAUCCGUCCUUGGCCGAUAUGACACGCGCCGCCUUGUCAAUUUUGACUAAAAACGACAAAGGAUUUUUUCUACUUAUUGAAGGUGGAAGAAUAGACCACGCUCAUCACUACAACAAUCCAUAUAGAGCUCUUGACGAGACUUUGGAGUUAGAAACCGCACUGUUGGCAGCAUUAGAGAGGGUUAAUCCUGCUGAAACUUUGAUCGUAGUCACCGCCGAUCACGGUCAUGUAAUGACUUUUGGCGGGCAGGCCACGCCGAGAGGACACCCCGUUUUAGGUGCGGAUACGGUGGUCUCAGACAUUGACGGUCUGCGAUAUACUACUCUUCUUUACGGCACUGGGCCUGGGCAUUCAGAACCCAGAGCUUUACCACUAAAUACGACCGCAUCGGCUGCUGCUUCGGCCGAUGCUGUUCAUGCAGCUGCAGUUCCUAGGCAGUGGGCAACCCAUGGCGGAGAAGAUGUACCUAUUUAUGCUUUAGGUCCAAUGGCGACGAUAUUAUUCGCUGGAGUAGUGGAGCAGAGCUACAUUCCUCACGCGAUAGCGUACGCUGCGUGCAUUGGACACCAAUCCCGGAGGUGUCAAGAAAAAAUCAACUUUACUCAACCACCGCAGGAAAAGCCUCCGAACUGCGUGCCUCCAGAAGUGAGCAGCGUUUCGGCCGCGGACGAAACUAGGAAUGACGGUUCCAGUGGUCGUCGCAUUGUUGUUGCGUCAAGUGUCAUGGCGGACGAGCGCGCGCCACGGUCGUCUGCCCCGCUACCCGCUCCGCUUAUCACAUCGCGCAACCUUAUGUCAAGGCUAAUCGAAUACGUCACCCGCCUGACUUUUGUAUUAUUUGUCGUUAAAUUAUAAGAAUUGACUUAAGUGUAAAUAUUAAAAUAUGAACAGUACAAUUGGGGAGAUCAGCUGUGUACUGCCUCUAAGUGUAAAUUUAUCAAAAUUAUAAGUGAUCCAAUUUGUACAUGAUACGAAAUUGUAAAUACCUACUUUGAUUGGAUUGUAAAUAAAAUAGUACAAUUGUAAAUAUAAAGAAGUUAAGUGACAAUUGAUAUAUUUAGUCUCAUCAUUAAAUGGAUUUUUAAAAGAU